CGAGAUUCGAGAUCAAACGAACGAUGGGGAUGAUGGGAUACCAUUCGUGACCCCCACUGUUCCUGUUCGGUUAACUCCCAAUGUGUAAAUGCGCGAAUGUGCGAACGGGAAUGCAGGUCCUGUUCUUAUCAGCAGCCCCACCCAGCUCGUCGACCUGGGCCGCAGCCAAGAAGGAGGGUGCUCAGAAAUGGCAUACGAGGAGAUGAUAUUGGCUGAUGGUCUUAUCAGUCUGCAGCAUGGAUGAAGGAAGCAAGAGCCCAAAGCUGGGGAAAGCUCGGGGAUGAGCCCGGGAGAGCUUUGGGACCCGUCUCAACAUCCCGGGAGGGUGGCAGCCUAUUUGACCCUGCCGAUUCCUCGCCAUCCAAAGAAGUCGGGGCUCCAAUUGCUUCCUGCCUGCUUUUCUCCCGAGACGAACCCAAAGAUCGCCGACCUCGGUCUUCUUCAUUGAGUACAUUUCCGCUGGGUCGCUUACGGAAAACCUCGUCCCGCUACUGCCAUGUCAGCCGGGCCCGUCGACGAAUAUACGGGCGUCGAGGGCGUUGCCGACCCCGGCGGCAACUCCCUGACCGACAAUCUCAACCUCUACUACUCGGAUGGCGACUUCGCGUGGAUCAUGACAUGCUCGGCCCUCGUCCUCCUCAUGGUCCCGGGCGUCGGGUUCUUCUAUAGCGGUCUCGCACGCCGCAAGUCGGCGCUGGCUCUCAUCUGGCUGGCCCUCAUAUCCAUCGCCGUCGCUGGAUUCCAGUGGUUCUUCUGGGGUUACUCGCUCACCUUCUCCCACACGGGCAGCGCCUAUAUCGGAGACCUCAGCAACUUCGGCUUGAUGAAAGUCCUCGGCCAGCCCAGCGUCGGCAGCUCCAAGAUCCCCGACAUCUUGUUCUGCCUCUACCAGGGCAUGUUCGCCGCCAUCACACCCGCCCUCGCCAUUGGUGCCGCCGCCGAUCGCGGCCGCAUGCUUCCCUGCAUCGUUUUCAUCUUCAUCUGGGCGACCAUCGUGUACGACCCGAUCGCGUACUGGACCUGGAACGCCAACGGCUGGUCCUUCAAGAUGGGCGGCCUCGACUUCGCCGGCGGCACCCCGGUCCACAUCAGCUCGGGCGCCGCCGCCCUCGCCUACUCGCUCAUGCUCGGCAAGCGCGCCGGCUACAACAAGGUCAACGGCCUGCCGUACCGCCCGCACAACGUCACCCACGUCGUCCUGGGCACCGUCUUCCUCUGGGUCGGCUGGUUCGGCUUCAACGGCGGCAGCGCCCUGGCGUCCAACAUGCGCGCCGUCAUGGCCUGCGUGGUGACGCACAUCGCCGCCUGCGUCGGCGGCCUGACCUGGUGCCUGCUCGACUACCGGCUGGAGAGGAAGUGGAGCACGGUCGGCUUCUGCAGCGGCGCCAUCGCCGGCCUGGUCGCCAUCACGCCCGGCUCCGGCUUCGUCCCGCCCUGGUCGGCCUUCAUCUUCGGCGUGGUCGGCGGCGUCGUGUGCAACUUUGCCACCAAGCUCAAGUUCCUGAUCGGCAUCGACGACGCGCUCGAUAUCUUUGCCGAGCACGCCGUGGGCGGCAUCGUGGGCAACAUCCUCACGGCUUUCUUUGCUGCUGACUACAUUGCCCACCUCGAUGGCUCCACCGAGAUUCCCGGCGGCUGGGUCAAUCACCACUGGGUCCAGCUCGGCUACCAGAUUGCUGACAGCGUUGCUGGGUUCGCCUACUCGUUCGUCUUGACCUGCGUGAUCCUGUUCCUCAUGAAUCUCAUCCCUGGCCUGUCGCUGCGGGUUAGUGCCGAGGAGGAGGACAUCGGUCUCGAUGACGGCCAGCUCGGCGAGUUUGCCUACGACUACGUCGAGAUCACUCGUCACAUUGACGGCGCCGGGACUGGCACCUCUAGCAGCCCGCUUCAUAGCAUCAAGGGGGCCAUUCCGGAGAAGACAGUCUAAUAGAGCCGGGUGUGUAGAGUUAAUUAAAGAUUUGAAGGGAUUGUUGGGCGCCGUGCAAAGCGCUAAGUUAGAUACCAUCACGAUUUAUACCACUGUUCCCAUUAUUAAUUAUUACUUACUACGUCGAUUGUUAAUAACCCCCUAGUACUGCUCUCGAUCAAUUUACAGAUCAUCUUUGGUAUUCAACUUUCAGUGUGAAACCAAUGUCCGCG